CAACAUCAGUAGCGUCAGACAGUUAACUGAGGGUAAUACGAUACGACCACGACUUUGCCGUAUUCCAGAGAAUCUAUUCCAUUUCAAUCAUGAACUGCAAACUGGUGGCCCUGCUCGCCGUGUUCUGUGCCGUCCUGUUGACGGACACUGACGCCCUCAGACUCCGUAUUCGGGGCAGACGUAUUUGGAGGAGGAUCAAGAAGCCUGUGUGUCGGGCAGCCUGCACCUACACGUGUACGGCGGUGACGUCAGGCUCGGCGGCCCCCGUCUGUGGUGUAGGGUGUCGGGAAGCCUGCAACAGGAGGAAGAGAUCCCAAACUGAGCUUUUUCACGAGACCAAAGGCCAAGUCGUCAUUCCCUUACCACGAGACUUCCACCUGUACGACACAAACAAAGAUGGUGUCAUCGAGGUGUCGGAACUGGCAGAGCUGUUGUCGCUGGAACCAUCUCGGGAUGACGUCAUCAAGGCUUUCUCUCUUGCCGAUUUUGACGAUAAUAAACAACUUAGUGAAGUUGAAUUUUUGGAAGCACCAUGGCUCUUUGAACAAGAUGUUGACAUUGAGAACAAAGAGCUGACGGAAGACUAUUAGAUUUGGUUCGACACGAGCGAAAGUGUGCAUUCCACAUAACGAGUUCCCUGAUCGUCGCACAGCCUACCCAAAAGAUGAACGGAGAGGGGGACAAUACAGAUUACACAUAACUAGUCCAGUUUCGUUGAGAGCAGCGAAAAUCUUUUAUAUA